UCGGCCAACAGCCAUUCAUCUUUAGGCUACUAUGUGAAAUCUGGCUUUACCAAACAUGCGCAACGAAACAUAAAAAGUACAUUAUUUGUGUAUUGCCAGCAACAGUUGUUUAUAGUUUAAGUUGAACUCAAUGUCACGAGUUCUUAUAGUUGGUACAGGGUUGACAUGCGCUUGUCUUCUGUGAAGAGAAAUGCCAAACAAAGUUAUUGUUGUCUGGGACAAAUCGCGAGGAGCAGAGGUGUUAUUUAACCACCAAGUCACCCACAUCUACCAGAAUGGCGCGAGCUGGGAGGUGUGUCGGAAGGGCACGGCCACGGAGCAGUUUGACGCUGUGGUCCUCACCGUGGCCAUACCGCAGAUCCUACAGCUGCAAGGAGACGUGGGCUCCUUGCUAGAGGAGAUUCCGCGGCAGCAGCUUGGGGCGGUAAGCUACUCGUUGCGCUAUGCGCUGGGCCUCUUCUACAAGGCCCAGGCUCACUUCGACGUCCCCUGGGCCGCCAAGUACGUCUCCAAUAAUCCCUGCAUUCGCUUCAUCGCCAUCGACGAUCAAAAGCGCAAUUUAGAAUUCCCAGAGUGUGGUCCCUCCAUGGUGGUCCACAUCAGUGUUCCAUUUGGUGUCAAACACCUGGAGGAGGCCAAGGAGCAGGUGGAGCCUAUCAUCCUGGUGAAGCUGAACAAGCUGCUGCCUGGCUUGCCACAGCCCGACAGCAUCAAGUGCCAGAAGUGGAGAUACUCACAGGUGACGAGCUCGGUGGCCGACUGCCCAGGGCAGAUGACGCCGCUGUCCCAGCCUCUGUUGGUGUGUGGGGGCGACGGCUUCACACAUUCCAAUUUCGACGGCUGUAUCGAGUCUGCCCUGAAGGUGUUUGACGUUCUGAAGUCCUCUCUCUGAUGCCUUAAGGGGUGGUAGGGGGGGGGUGGGUGUAUAGUGUGGUUGCCUCUAUGUGUACAGUAUGCUAGCCCAGAGAGGGGGGUACUGCCAUUGAUCCAUUACCCUAUCCCCCCCCACCCCAUCAUGGAUGAAAUCUGUCAAAUAGAAGAGUUGAACUGUCCACUGAAGUACUUGAUAUGUUUUUUUAACAUGUUGAUGCUAUGCUGUGUUCACUUGUGGUUAGAUGUGGAACCGGUGUGUAUAUGACCCACUAAUACAACAAGGUGGACCAUGAUUCCGUUCCAAUUAAGUACUUUACUGAGAGUAAAUAUGGUGUUGUUACUCAGGAUUUCUCUGUAAACAUCUGAUUUUGGUUCAGAUUGAAUAAAAAAGUUGAAAACUA